AUGUUGAUUGAUUUAAACGUUCAAUGGCCACAACGUAACUAUGCCACACCACCAACACCUCAAGAAAUCAUCAAAUUGAAAAACACAAUAUCAACUUUAGAAGAAUUAGGGUAUACACAUAUAGCAUUAAAUUUCACAGUUAAUCAUAAAGAUAAAAUUCCAUCAAAUCAACAAAUAAAUCCAAUAAAUUUUGACUUGUUAAAAGAAUUCCAAGGUAGAAUCAAAUUUUUCUCAAGAGUUACUAUUAUAAUUGAUGAACCAUCCCAAGGACAAUCUAUAUCAAAAUUACAAAAUGGAUUUGAUAUUAUUUCUGUAUUACCAAUAAGUGAAAAAGGUGUGCUUUUGGCAUGUAAUUCCCUGGAUAUAGAUAUUAUCACUUUCCAAUAUGAUAAAAGAUUACCAUGUUUCCUUAAGCAAAAAACUAUUGGUGCUGCAGUUAAGAAGGGGAUUAAAUUUGAAAUUACAUAUUCAAAUUUCAUAAAAGAUCAAGGGAAUUCCAGAGCACAGUUUAUAAAUAAUUCAUUGAAUUUGAUAAGAGCUUCAAGGAAUCAAAAUAUUAUUGUAUCAAGUGGUGCUACCAGUUCCCUAGAGAUAAGGAAUUUCCCAGAUGUUUUAAAUUUAUUAGAUUUAUUAGGUUUCAAAAAAAAUUAUAAUUUGAUUGAUAAAGCUUCAAAAGUUUUGUUAAGUGGAAGAUUAAGAAAUAAAAGUUAUAAACAAACUAUAAUGAUUGGUGAAGAUGCUAUAGAGGAUGAAGCGAACCUAAAUAAAAGAAAUAUCAAAGAUAUUAAUGGUGGUGAUGUUUUCAAACAACAUUUAAAGAAAUUGAAAAGUGGGAAAUGA